CCCCUCUGACCUGGCAAGCGGUGCCGAUGCCGCGCGCGCAACGAAUCCGCGCGGCGCGAAAUCGGAAGCCAACUCGGGGCUGCAACAAUCACCACGACCACCAUCAACCACCACGACCACCACCAUCAACCACCACCAUCAACCACCACGAUCACCACAACCGCAGUCAACAACCACCACCAAGACCGUCAACCACCGUCAACCCCGUCACAGCUGGACGAUGCUCGCGUGUAGGAAGACAGUUUUAAGGCUGGGUCCAUGGGUCCGCCAGCUCCACUCCGCCUUCCAGAUAGCCGAGCUGCCGGAGACGCACCAGAUGUUGCGGCAGACGUGCCAGGACUUCGCCGACAGGGAGCUGAUCCCGAUCGCGAGCAGGCUGGACCGCGAGCACAGCUUCCCCGGCGAGCAGAUCAAGAAGAUGGGGGAGCUGGGGCUGCUGGCCAUGGCUGUGCCCGAGCAGUACGGGGGUGCGGGGCUGGACACGCUGGCCUAUGUCAUCGCGCUGGAGGAGAUCAGCAGAGGCUGCGCGUCCACUGGUGUCAUAAUGAGUGUCAACAACUCAUUGUUCCUCGGGCCUGUGCUGAAGUACGGCAGUGAUGCCAUCAAGGAGAAGUGGAUCCCUUCGUUCACGGAUGGACAGAAAAUCGGCUGCUUCGGUUUGAGCGAACCAGGGAACGGCAGCGACGCCGGCGCGGCCUCCACCACGGCGCGGGUGGACGGGGACUCGUGGGUCAUCAACGGCACCAAGGCGUGGAUUACCAACGCCUGGGACGCCUCCGCGACGGUCGUGUUCGCCACCACCGACAAGAGCCUCAAGCACAAGGGCAUCAGCGCGUUUGUGCUGCCUAUGCCGUGCCCUGGUCUGUCGCUGGGGAAAAAAGAGGACAAGCUGGGCAUCCGUGCAUCAUCCACCGCCAACCUCAUCUUUGAGGACUGCCGCAUCCCCCGGGACAGCAUGGUGGGCGAGCCUGGAAUGGGCUUCAAGAUUGCAAUGCAAACCCUCGACUCGGGGCGCAUCGGCAUAGCAGGGCAGGCGUUGGGCAUCGGACAGGCGGCGCUCGACUGCGCGGUGGAGUACGCCAGCAAGCGGCAGGCUUUUGGCAAAUCCAUCACCAAGCUUCAGGCCAUUCAGUUUAAGCUCUCGGAUAUGGCUCUGGCGCUGGAGAGCGCGCGGCUGCUCACGUGGAGAGCCGCGAUGCUCAAGGACAACGGCAAGAACUACACCAAGGAAGCUGCAAUGGCCAAGUUGGCAGCAUCAGAGGCUGCCACCUUUAUUUCACACCAGUCCAUACAGAUCCUGGGCGGCAUGGGCUACGUGACAGACAUGCCGGCCGAGCGGCACUACCGCGACGCGCGCAUCACCGAGAUCUACGAGGGCACGAGCGAGAUCCAGCGGCUGGUCAUCGCCAACCGACUGCUCAAGGAGUACGACACGGAGUAGCAGGGGUCGGGCGGCCGACCUAAGCGCCAGCAGCCGUCCGAGUUGACUUCGUCACGUGGCCUCCGCUAAACUAGCGUCCGCCCUGGCGCCGCUAGGCCUUGUGGCGGUCCUCACUGCCCCCACAUUAACCGAUCAGAAGUGUUUAUAUAUAUAUUUUUUUUACCAGGUAAGCACCAAUGAGCAAUAUAGCUCUUUUUCAGGAGUGACCUGGCUUUACAAAGUGACUUAUAUACGUGAAAAUGUAUAGAGGGCAAAUACUCUGAACACAUGUUCAUUCUAAAUGGCAAGGGGUGAACCGGAGGAGCCGGAUAAAAAUCCACACGACCGCAGGGAGAACAUGCAAAUUUACAAAUAUACAGCAGCAGGCGUCAGGGUUUGGAUCGAACCCACGACCUCCUGUAUGCCAGGCGGGGUAGUUAACAUCUCCUAGGCACCGUGUUUGUAUGAGAUUUACUCCUGACUGUGCCACAGAGAUGCUGACAAGGAAGAUGAAGUAAAACGUAAUGAAUGAUGGCAGAAUGUAUUGGUAGUGGUGCGUUUUAAGAUGCAACGGCCAAAAUUGCUUUAUGUAAUAUAAAACAUUGUAAAAAAAACAUUUUUAACACAAGAUCAUGAUGGAGGAUACAGCGGCACGUACAUUUACAGCUCUUUUGUCAGUCCACUGCUGGAUUAGAGCCUCCUGUCUUCUGAACGGGUCGCCGUGAGAUUAUUUGACCAUACUUCACGCUGCUCAGUUGGGGUUUGUGGAAGGUGGGGAGCAUAGAUUUACUAUAAAAUAAUGGAGUUGCACUGUCCUGUACUGUCCACCACGUAGCCCCCCCCCCCCCCCCGCAAGCCAUAUGACAAACCUGCUUGCGCUGUCCAGGCUCAGACCUGCUUAUAUUCCGAGGUUUGAUAAGAUCGGGCACGUGCCGGGUGAUUUGGUCAUGGGGAUAUAUAACACGUCUGUGAGGAAACAAGUGAAUGACGCAGUUUGGUCAAGCAAAGGGGUGUUUGAUGCAGCGGAGAGCUCAACCGCAUGCUGCCACUCACCGACAUCUCCGGCAACUGCAGCGUGACGCAACUCUCCGUGCGUGCACCACAGCGGCGUUUAUGAAUCUGCGCGCGUGUCGCCGGUAAAGUGCGGCGCACUUCAUUUUUACGCAAGGUUUCGAGUUAUGACCCUUAGAACUUCGCCGUGCAUCUCAAGCCGCGACCGACGGUCUGAAUUUUUCCAGCGAGCAGGACCCAGAAUGUGAAAUGAAUAAAAUGUAUUAAACAUUGGGUGAAAAAACGGCUUCACGCGAUAAAGGCAAAAACAGAUUUGACGAUUUUAUGCGCAAACACAAAUAUCGUUGGAACGCACAAAUGUCGUUGACGCUUGACUUGUCCGAUGCUGUCAAGUCUUACAGCUGUACUAUUCUGAACUCAAUACCAGUGCUGGUGUGUUGUAUUUUUGUUUACUAUUAAUAAACUUUGAAGUGAAACAGUUACUUCUUGAAAACAG